AUGCUUGAACAAUUUUUGUUGUUCCCUUCUUCAAAUGGUGAGACUUUUGAAGUGGAAAAGGCAGUAGCAUUGGAGUUGCAGACCAUCAAGCACAUGAUUGAAGACGAUUGUGCUGAUUCUGUCAUUCUUCUGCCUUGCGUAACUAGCAAGAUCUUGCCUAUGAUUAUUGAGUACUGCAAGAAGCACAUCAAGACCCCCAUGUCCGAAGACAAGACUUCUAACAAUGCUCUCAAAACCUUUGACGUCGACUUUAUCAAAGCCGUUGACCUGACCAUCCUCUUCGAAUUCAUGUUGUAUGCAAUGUAUCUAGACCUCAAGAGCUUGUUAGAUCUGACUUGCCAAACUGGGGUGGAUAUGAUGAAAGACAUGACUCCCGAGGAGAUUCACAAGACUUUUAACAUUGAGAAUGACUAUACUCCGGAAGAAGAAUAAAAGGCCUGCAUGGAGAAUGCAUGGGCAUUUGAGUGAAACAUGAAGCAGCUAUGGAUUACCCAUGAUUUUAUUUUUUUUUUCGUUGUCAAUAUCCAUAAUAGGAUUACUAUAUAUAUAUACAUGCUAUUUAAAUACAAGUUUUUUUCUUUUUUUUUUUUUUCUUUUUUUGCUUUGUGAAAACUUUCAACUUAUUGCAAUACUAAAAUUGCUAGUUACAUUUAUAAAGUUGAAUACUCACCAAGUCUUUCAAUAAGGAGAGAAAGAAAGAUGAUAAAGCUGAAGGAUAUAACA